AUGCUAGGAACUGUAAGAUGUAGAGCUCCAUUGGCCCGAUCAUUACGACCAUUCAAGCAUUUUUAUUCAUCGCAUUCCCCAAUCGGUAAUGUCAAGCGCUCGCUAACUAUUGCCGAUAUCAAAGCCAAAUAUGUCAGUGGUGCACCCUUGAGUAUGAUUACAGCAUAUGAUUAUUUGACUGCACAAUGGGUGCAGGACAGCAAUAGCGAUAUGUUACUAGUGGGCGACUCCAUGGCUAUGACUUCGUUGGGUUACACCUCCACUACUGAGCUGCCAUUUGAUGAGUUUAAAUAUCACGUGCAGGCGGUGACUCGUGCCUCUGGUUCCUCAAUGGUGGUGGUAGAUAUGCCAUUCGGAUCAUUCGAAGAGAGUUAUGCGCAUGGUGUUGCCAAUGCUAUCCGGCUAUUGAAACUGAGCCCUAAAGUGAUAUCCUUGAAAGUGGAAUGUGGCGACUACCGGCGAGAUCGUUACACGUUUGGGUUCAUUCGUGAGUUAUGCGAGAGGGGCAUCCCCGUGAUGUCUCACAUUGGGUUGACUCCACAACGUGCAAAUUCAUUGGGUGGGUUUAAAGUACAGGGUAACCAAUCCGCCGCAGAGAUCUUGUCGUUAUACGGCACGGCAGUGCAAUUGCAGAAACUGGGCUGCUGGUCAACGGUGAUAGAAUGUGUGCCGCAUAAAGUGGCAUCGUUCAUCACUCAACAGCUAAGCAUUCCAACCAUUGGGAUUGGAGCGGGGAUGGGGACAAGUGGACAAGUCCUGGUGGUUAGUGAUAUGUUAGGAUUAUCUUCUACUAGUAGCGAUACUGACCAAUCUUUAUUGCCAAGAUUUGUUAAACAGUAUGACCAGUUAGGACCUGUAGCUAAAGCAAAACUGCAACAAUAUAACAAAGAAGUACAAUUAAAACAGUUCCCAUUGAUGGAACAUUCCUUUAAAUUGAAAGAAACGGUAUGGAAUGAAUUCUUGGAUUUAAUUAAAAAAGAUAAUUGA